GAGGAGCUGUUCUGCUCCCCUCGCCGGUUCAUACGAGAAAAAUCGAGCCUCCGUAUUCUCUAAUUCUUAUCUGCUUGGUUUUUCAAUCUUCCAGGUCCCUCGUCUCGUCUGUUUCUUUAGGGCUUCUUUGAUGGGAUCAAAUUAGAGGAAAAAAAGAGAGAGUUUAGAGUUCUUUUAGCAGGAAUUUCUAGGGUGUAGACUGCGAAAACCUUUCCAUUUGUUAAAGUUACUUUACUUCGAGUUCAAUGGGGGAGAAAUUGCGCUCUAAUCUUAAGCGGCCAUUCUUGGAAGACGAUGACUCCAAUAAACCUCCUGCACAGAAGAAAGUUCGAUUUCCCAAGGGUAAAAAGGUGAAGGCAGAAAAUGUAGUGGUGGGCAAGGGAAAUACUGAAGAUGACCCAGCAGACUUGAAGGAUCCACGUCUUGCUGCCAAAGAGCGUGCAAAGCGCCGGAGUCAGAUGACUACUGAACUUUUCUGUGAAGAAAGUAAAGGCCUCAAUGAUGUCUCAGCUGCUGAAGUGACUUAUGAGGAUAAUGAGAAUUUGAUUGAAGAUGGGAUAAACAUAGAACCAUUCAACCUAAACAAAGAGAGGGAAGAAGGGUACUUUGACGCAGAGGGGAAUUUCAUUGAAUAUGUCAAUGAAAAUGAAAUUAAAGAUGCAUGGCUUGAUAGUAUUGAAGCAAAUCCAAAAUAUUCUCGAGUGGCCUCAGCAACAAAUGAUAUUGAGAAUGAAGAUGACGAAGAAGAUAACAAUGAAGAUGCAGGUCAUGAUCUUUCCUCAGAAGACAUUGGAAUGAUAAAAAGGCGCAUUGCUAAUGUCCUUGAGCCAGGAGAAACGGUUUUACACGCCUUGAGAAGGUUGAAAGGGACUUCAAAUAACAAGAAGGAAAAGAUGUCAUCCGAGAUGAAGCAUGUUUUUGAUCAGCUUACUGAGGAUGCUGACAAGUUGAUUCAGAAUGGUGAAUAUAAUGUUUAUCAUGAGAAACAGGAGGUUUUUGAGCGGGAGGCAGAAGGAUAUGAGAUGCUAACUAGAGCAAAGGAAAAUGGAGGAUCUGAUGCGGGCAAGAAUUUGCUCCCUGAUGUAAAUGACACUGGAGUAGGCUCUUCAAUAUUGUCCAAUUCUGCUGCUGGUACUUCAAAGCUGGAUGUAACGGCUGCAGAUAUUGGAAGCAGUGGCGAUGAUGCUUAUGAUAUGUUUGCGGAUGAAGAUGAAUACAAUACUGACAAAUCAUCAAAUAAUAGGACUAAUUUAUCUUCUGGCCCCAAUUCAGAUGCAGUCAAUCAGUCUUCAUCGAAUUCUUUAAACAUGGAUUCAGAAAGUGGAGCCUUACAAACCUCCAUGAAUGAUGGAUCUUCUGAUUAUAUUUAUGACGAAUCUUCUGGGUACUAUUACAGCAGCAGUUUGGGUUACUACUAUGACCCAUCCACUGGAUUAUAUUACUCUGCAGCAUUGGGCCAAUGGUAUUCAUUUAACGAGGAGACUGGCCAGUAUGAGAAAUUUGAGGCGCAUCAUCCAGCAUAAAUGACGAUUGAAGUUUUGUGGUUUUUUACAAUGUAUAGAGCAAAUUGUUGUGCAGCAGUUCAAGAGAUUUGAUGGUUGGUAUAAUGUAGGCUGUAGGCACAGGAUUUUUCAAAGAGAAGUUUGAAAAAUUUACACUUGCGUGGAGUUUUCUUGCUGAGGAAAGGCUAUAACUUCAGCUAUGUAUUGCGUGAUGACCCAGAACCAAAACAAUUAAUUCUAGUUUUAAAGAAUGAAAUAUGAGGUGGCUGGAGCUUAUUUAUCAAGGUUACAGAGACAGACAGAACCCAUAAUUGUGAUAUCACCUUUACCAUUGUUUUUGAGAUAGAGACAGGCAAGCUAGAUGAAUGCUUGUUAGAACCAUUCAUCCACCACCAGGCAGCAUAGUUCUGGAUGCAUUAUUGUGAAGGAAAUGGUCUCUCCCUUCGCAGUUUGGUGUAGCGAAUGAAGGGACAAUGGAAAGUUGCGGUUGGAAAUACAUAUGGGAAACGAAGAAGAAAUUUCGUAUGGGAAAAGAAGAAGAAGCCGAGUGUCCAAUCAAGCGAAAGUUCUUCGUCAGCUUACCUUCCAAAAUUGCCUCCUAACUAAUAAAAGUAGGAUGUAGCAUGUGGUAACAAA